UCCACACGUGAAGCUGGAGAGGCCGUUUGUAAAAAACAUCUAAAUCAGCAGACCUUAUUUGUCCAUUUAAUCGCGCAAUACUGAAAGUACCGCAUGAGGAAGUGUGCGAAUCCAGCAGCUGCUGCUCUCGCGAAUUGAUACAUUCUUCAAAAAGAAAAGGGUUUUGUAAUUGAGAACAUGGAGUAUAACGACAGGGAGACGGUCAGUGAGUAUAUCGCUGAAGAACCGACUGUGGACACAAAUGAGCAGGAGAAACUGGAGCUGCAUUGGCAUCGAUGUAAGAAUGUCAAACACAAGUUCAGUGAAGUGAAGAUAUCAAAUGCUGACUACCUUAUGGAUGUUUCCAAGAGGAGGAGUUAUGUUACAGCAAACUUUGAGAAGAUACACCACUCAAUCGGCGAAAUCCAGGCUGUGGUUUCACGGCUAAUGGAAGAUCUACCCUUUGGCCAGCCUUUCGACCAAUGGAGACUGUUCAAUCAAACCCUUUACUUCUUCUCCUCCACCGAACAAACAUGGAAUAAAGCUCAGAAUCUCUGUACCGUAAUGAACGCUACUCUUGUGGUCAUUGACAGUGACGGGGAACAGGAGUAUUUUCGACGGUAUAGAAAUUGUGACUAUUGGAUUGGACUCCAUUGUACGACUGAAGGGACGUGGCGUUGGGUGGAUGGCAGUGAUUAUACCGCGAAUGUCAAGUUCUGGGCGAGCGGUCAACACAAUGGUACGGAUGGAGAUUGUGCUGUGGUGUCCGAGGAUGGGUCGUGGCAAUAUCGGCCGUGCAGUUCCGAACAUCUCCCUAGCUGUGAACAACCAGCGUCGUGAAAACGUCCGCUCAGGUUCCAGAUGGGGCGGAGUGGGGGAGUGAAUCAAU